AUGUUCGCAGUUACAAAAACUUCUCCAUUAAGUUUUCAAUCUUUAACACCAGAGAACAUAGAAGAUAAUGUCUCACAAACAAAGGAAUCUUUGCUAACUUUUCCAUUGAAUUUUCAACCAUUGGUACAGUUUGUUAACACAGUACCAAGAAGCAAAUCUGUUAUGGAAGAAUAUGAAUUGGAAAAUGAUUAUACAAUGCAACAACAAACUACUUUUGAUAAUCGGCAAAUGCAAUCUACUGCCGAUGAUACUAGUGAGCAAAAA